AUGGAAUACUCUAUUAAUGAUCUUAAGGUGAAAUCUACCUAUUCAAUGUCUGGAGGCCAACACAUACAUCGGUUGGAGGACACGGGUCCUUUGUUUUCAGCAUACUUGAAGAGGAAUCUCCACAACAAAGGAAUUAUGGCUGAAAGACCAUUUAGAUUGAGAUACGACAAAGUUGCACAUCAUGUUUCGGUUAACUGGCGACACCUGGGGCAUCACAUGCGUCCCAGUGCUAAGCGGCACCUGGUGUAUCAUAGGCCCAAGCGGAUGAGGUCACACCCGCAGCAUCUCGGGGUUUUGGAGGAGGAACAUGAUUCGUUAAAAAUCAUCAAUCAUAUGCAGAAGAUCACUCACGAAGGUGACAGAAAGAAUCACACCUUUGACGGCUUGAAUCCUGCAACACUUUCGAUGCAUCUCUGCAUACAAGGGUGCCUUAGCGAAUGUGACGACAUGGAUAGCAAAAUCUUCAUCAUCCUCUUCGAAUAUCAUUUCUGGAAGGAAAAUCCUCACCAUCCUCUUUGA